AAAUGGCCGCCGUCGAAUAGAGAAAAAAUUUUCCUUGUUAACAAAAUCAUUUAACAAAUUUAUAAAAAUCAAAUUCAAUCUUAAAAUAACACAUUAAACGAGUUGCUAAUGUUUUAAAACCUUUUAAUACUCGUAAAAAGUUUAUUUCUAAUAUAAAUAUAAAAGUAUAUAAAUUCGGAAAUAUUCUGGUAUAAAAUCGUAAAAAUCGUUCGAAAAAAAAGUUCGAAAUAUGUCUUCGUCGCGUCGUCGUGGCGGUAUGGAUAUGAAUCCAAAGUUACAUAUGGACCGCCAACCAACAGUUACCCGUAUAACAGGUAAAUAUCCAUCGUUACCAGCAGGUAAACGUCGUGAAAUUGAUAAUGUCAUGAAGAAAGCAAGAGCUAACACUAACGAUUAUUGGGAUAAGAAACUUUUGGAAGUCGAGGAAAAGGAUCCCAAUCGUUGGCGUCAUACCGGUUAUAAGAAAAUGUAUAUACAAGGUGAAAGUAGUUCCGGUGAAAGUGAUCGCGAAGCAGAUGUCGCAGGUGUGGGUAGUGUCGUUGGUGGAAGUAGCGGUAGCGGGUAUCGUUAUAAUUCCACUGGUGGCCCACCAUUAACUGGUGGACGCUAUGGACGUUCGCGAUCUCCGCGUUCUCGAAGUCACUCACGUGUGCGUAAAACACCACCACUGUCACCUCCUGCACGCCGUCGUUCGCCGCCGCCACCGUCGUCGCGUGACAUGAUAAAUCGUAUUAGUCGUGCCCGCAACUCGCCGCCGUCGUCUAUAGAAGGUCAAACUCGCGGAGUUCGCCCUCGUUCGCCUCCGGUGCGUGGAGGACCACAGCGUUCACCCUCGGAUAUGGGUAAUCGUAGGGCAGGGGGUGGUGGUAGACCUCGGUCACCACCUGAACCGCCCAUGCGCCGUAAACCGUCGCGUUCGCCAAUUGAAAGAAGACGUGGUUCGCCUUCAAGUAUAAGUAUGGGUCGUCGUCGCACACCACCUCCAUCGAAUGUUAGUGGAAUGCCUUCGAAACAAAGAGGACUAAUAUUGCCACGUUCAAAGAGGCCACCUUCACCUCCACCAAGGAGUUCGUGUCGUUCGCGUACAAAUAGUUCGGUUAGUAGUUGUUCUGACGAUUCAUGUUCGGUUUGUUCACCUAGUCAUCGUCAUAGAUCUCGUUCUCUUUCCUUGCCUCGCGUGCGGGGAGGUCCUCGGUCUCCGCCUCCAAAAUCGUCAUCAUCGCGUUCUUUGCAAUAUCAACGUGGGGCUGUUGCAGCCUCUACGUCAUCAGCAUCAUCCACUGCCCGAAUAUCGGGGCGUCCCAUGUCACCUCCGCGUGGGUCUGCAAUUGAGAAGUAUCAUCGCAAUGAUAUUGUUCGUCACAUAAGCCGACAACGCAGUAUAGAUAAUCAUUCAUCUGAUGGCCAAGUUAAAGUUACACGAUCCAGUCGUCACUCCCCUCCAGAGGAUCCGCGAUUGAAAAAUAGACCUCCAGAGCCACCAGAGCCUACUUCAUCUACUGUAGUACCUCCUAAAAAAAAGAAAAAGGAGAAAGAGCUUCGCACGCGUAUAAAAAUUGAAGGUGAAAAACGUAAAAAGCACUCGUCCUCGGAUUCGGACGAUUCGGGUGCAUCAGACAGUGAUGAAACUCCGUUGCCCACAUUUACCGCUACCACGCGUCUAACAUUGUCGGAACGUUUCGGUAAAAUGGCACAAUGGUCUAUUGACCGCAGCAAUAUGGAAAAUAUGCGUAUUACAAAAGAUUCCGCUGGAGGAGCUCUGAAAGUGAUGAUAGAAGAAGGCUUGGAAUCUCCGCCGCGUCGCUAUUCGUAUUCGCCAGCACCGGUUGGCCACUUCCCUGAGGAAUUAGCAACAACAGCACCGUCGGGCAUGUUGUCUUGGGAUGACGUACGCGUUCGUUACGAAUAUUAUAAAUCUCGUGGAUACCUAAGAGACUUAGAUUUAAAGGACUAUAUCAAAUGGGAGGAAUGGUGGUAUAAAUACCAAGAAUGGCUAAAACAUGAACGCUAUUAUGAGUAUUGGGAACGCCAACAAUUAGCUAGACGUAGACGUAAAAAAUUGCCCAUAACUCAAAGACUUAAUUAAAUAAUUUAAACUAAAGUAUUCUUCAUCUUUUUCAAUUAUAUAAUUUUUCUAAUAUUAGUAAUUUAUAAUUCUCGCUUUUUGUGGAAUUUGUUUUUUUUUUUUUAUUUUUUUUUUUUUGUAAAACCAUGUUGGUACUUUAUCGAAAAUUUUUUUCUUUUAUUUUUACAUUUUGAAUGUAUGAAAUGUAAAUAGUUAAGAUUUUUUUUCUAUUCAAAUUUAACAAUUUAUAAAAUCAUUUUGUUUUUUAUUUUUUCUUUUUUUGAUUGAAAAGGUGUAGUAGCUCUAUGUAUUUUUUUCUAUUUUACAAAAUAUUGUAAUUUUUAGAAAAAGAGAAAUUACUUAAAAAUAAGGUAAAGUAAAAAAAACACUGCUGUUUUUUAAGAUAAAAUUAUUGUAACUAUAAUAAUAUAUAAUAUAAAGAAAAAUGAAAACAAUUAAAA